GAGUUUUAAAAUUCAUCAUCCAAAAGCCUACAUGGGUUCACCUCCCCCCCGGAUUUCAAUGACAUUGUUUCAGCAUCGAGACGAAAUGCGGAAUUGAAGUGAAAACACAGGGACGCUUCCGUUUGAGACAGUAAUUUCACACAACUGCCUCGCACGCAGUGUAUCGUUUUGACGCUUUAUACAUGCACUCGAGCAUUCAAUUUUCAAUAUAUCGCUUCUACACAUUCGGUCAGUUGAAGAUUGUCGUGUGCGAGUGCUGCAAAAGGCGAUACAAGUUUGUGGACGCAGCGAGGAUCGUGGACAAGGUUCGGAAAUGCUUGCGUGAGCAGGUGAAGAGCACGCAUUCCUGGUUGGCACAAAGACGGCUUUUGCUCGAAUAUUUUUGAGAGUAAAGUCCUGGUAAGGAAGUCGGAAAAUAACUCUUUUCUCGGUAAAACCCUAUUAUGACGGCACGGUUUUCUAAGCUACAAAAACAACAAAGUCGCUUGCACGCCAAUAUUCGCGUUUCGAACAUUGAAAUAACAACAUCAAAUCGAUUCUUCUCAAAAAAUCUCAAAGUCAAACUCGACAUCAACAGAAAUAUACUCGCCCAGAAGCGACCCUUAGAGAAAGGACGAUCCCAGUUCAAUGGAAAAAUCUCUCAUUCCGGGUUUAAGUCCUCAAGACUUCUUUGAAAUAUAUAAAUUUCUGGUGAAGACGGAAUUGUUGGAAAGUAAGCCGUCGAACUUCGGAACUCACAUCUUGGAAAACCUCAUGAGUUUUUUAGAUAAAGACAAUGAGUGCGAAUUUGAAGAUGAAGAUGAUAUGAUAUUUUAUGACCCAAAUCAAGACCACUGCGAAAGCAUGCUGGUGACCACAACGCCCCAAUCUACGGUAGAGUUCAUAGAUUUAAAAGAAGUUUACGAGAAAGUUCAGAGUCGAGCUGGCGGGGGAUCGCAUCAACGAGUUUCGUCAGGUGAAAUAAACAUUCGAGCGAUCUCUGAUGGACAGUUGUGCGGAAUGGAUGUAUUUGUUGAGAGAAUGCCCGAGGCAGCUGCGCUAUGCGGAGAUAUGAAUGGAAGAAUACCGUUGGAAGUAAACUACGAGGACUAUUUUAAAAACCAGCAACUGUUUUCCGUGGACUUAGACUCUGUUUACAAUACUCCUGAUGGCACUCCAGUGUAUAAACUAGCCACUGUUGACGCUGAAAGAAGAAAUCUUUUUAACUUGAUUGUUUUUCUAAAAUUUAUCGAUGGGACAGAAAGUGGACCUUUCAUGAGUAAACCCUUCUUGUUACGAAGUAGAAAACCCGGAAGUCGAAAAGAUUCAUCGGGGAUGAGCUAGAAAAGAACGGCAUAUAACCAUGCACAGUUGAUGUCAAAGAAUUGACAGAUGUAAACACUGUUUAAGGUGGAUUUAACCAGGCAAUGGAGUUCAUUUUUAUUCCGUACCAUCCACAUCAAAGAUAAAACCUUUUUGGCUUUAGUAGUGCAGCGUCCAUGCAUGAUGUAUUACUGAUAUGGUAGAGCUAGAGUUUGGUAACCAAUUCCAUUAAGAGAUCUCCAUGUUUUUGAAAGAUGAGCACGAUACAUUUUCAUACUCGAUGCCAAGGAGUAUAAUGUUCAACAGAGAAUGUUGACCGAGGGGCUAUCUUUAUAACUAAGAACGUACCCAAGCAUAUAUAGACUUUUUAAAUGUAAUAUAAAGUUUUG